AUGCGAUGGCGGGCACUGCAAGAAGGAAGAGUGUAUGUUAAACAAAAAUUUAGUGAUGAGCAACUUACAGUUAGAGAUAUCCAAGACAUGAUUGCUAAAGGUGAUAAAUAUAUUGCUGACCACAUUAUGCGAUAUGGUAAAGGUUUGCAUGAAUCCCGGCAAUUUUGGAUAGGACGACGUCGUGAAUUAUCAGAUAUGAUUAAACAAAUAGAUUCAAGGGGGCUUAUUUUUUUUAUGUUUAGUGCUGCCAACUUUCAUUGGCCAAAGCUUCAUAAACUUAUUAUAUCUAACGAAAAUUCUGCCCAAAUGAAAGGUGACGAACAAGCGAUGGAUGAAGUGGCACAAUAUAUUGAUACUUUAGUUUUCACAAUUAAUCCUAAACCUAAUGCACUUGUUCCAGAACGCCACCCAUGUCAAAAAGGUAGUAAAGAACUGAAGGAUGAUUUUCAAGAUUACACAGAAUUGUCCUGUAGAUUUGGAUAUUCUAUGGAUACUAUUAAUCAUACUAUAUUGCAUGAUGAUGAACAUGGUAGGCCAGAGGUUAUUACAGCAAGAAAUGACCCAUUAAUCAAUCCAUACAAUCGACUUCAACUACAGGGCUGGAGAGCAAACAUAGACAUUAAACCAAUUUUUAGCACCUAUGCCACUCUACAAUACAUUUCAAAGUAUGCAAGCAAAGCAGAACCGCAAUCAGCAACUUUUUCUGAAAUACUAAACCAAAUCCUUCAAAAGAGCAACCCCGAUACCUUAUCACUUUCUUCUAUUCAAAAAUUACUAUUACAUAGUGUUGCAGAACAUGAUGUCUCUGCUCAGGAAACCUGUCAUCUUCUUUUAGAAAUGGGUCCAAAUGCAGUUAUAAAUGAUUCCUGCGAUCUAGGAACUCGUAAUAUGGACCUUACUCAUAGAUGGGUUGAUGAUGCUCAACAACGCUACUCUGAUACUGACCUCGCAAAUGCCGACACUUUUAUACAUCAAGCUUCUAGUGGAAGUUAUCAAACAAAUGAAAAUAUAAAUGUAAAUACAGGUUUCAUAAAUCCUCAAACCCUAAAUAAUAAUCAAAUGAAAGUGUUUAAAAGAAUUGAAUCAUAUUAUUGUAAUGUGCUUACAGGCUGUCAUGUUGAACCACUAAAAAUCAUAAUAUUAGGAACAGCAGGGACGGGUAAAUCAUACCUUGUUAAUGUAAUUCGAUACACGCUUCAUCAAAUGACAGAAAUUGGAGCUAAAUCACCAACAGAUGCUGCAGCAUUUAACAUUAAUAGUAUAACGAUCCAUUUAGUCCUUUCAAUCGCAAUAAAUGAUGGCAAUGAUAACCUGGAUAUAAAUGGAGAACGAGUAAAACAGCUACAAAAGAGAUUAGAAGGCGCUUUUCCCGAACAUAGAAAUAAACUCUUCGGUGGAAGGUCUGUUAUUAUGGUUGGCGAUUUUGGCCAACUUCCACCACAAUUCAAUAAGAUAUACAAACUUGAUAUAGUUCAACAACAAUUUGGAGAUUCAGAGGAACAAAAAAGGUUUAGAUACAUCCUUUUACGACUUCAUGAUGAAACUACUUAUAUUCUGCUGAAAUGGUCUGAUGUGAAAGUCAUAAAUAUUGAUAAGCUUCGAGCUUUAAAUGUCCUAGUUGCUAAAAUUAUCGCAACACAUAGUGGUGAUAGGGAUGCUAAAAGAGCUGACUCAGACACUGCACACGGUCUUGAAGCACAACUGUUGUUAGCAAGAGGAGCACACGUCAUGCUUACAGCAAACAUUUGGACAGAAUCUGGACUUGUUAAUAGUGUAUUAGGAACUGUCCAAGAUAUUUGUUCAAAGAUCAUAGACCCUCUUCCUUACCUAUAUCGGUUUUUAUGUCCUUCGAUCAUUACCAAGGGCCUACAAUUACCAGUAUAG